AUGUCUGAAGAUAAAGGUGGCAAUCAUGGAGCAUACAUUAAUAACCCUGAAUUUCCAUAUAAAAAUCUGAAUAUCAAAAAAAUUGAAAGAAUUAGAAAAAGUACAAGUUUAAAUUAUGAAAUCCCUAUUAUGAAAAACCCAAUUAAUGAAGAAUUACAAGUAAGGAGAAAUAAUACUAAACAAGUGAACCUCCAAAAAUUUGCAAAUUUUUUAAACAAGAAAGUGAGCAAAUCUAAAAAUUUCAUCGAACAGAACAUUGAAAAAAUUUCAUUUUUAAGUAAAAAAAAUGAUAUGUUCAUAAAAACAAAAAAAACAUGCAACAGGAGUCAUGUUGUCGGUUAUGAAUUACAAAAAGAUAGUAAAAAAGACAAAGUGGAUACCUCUGUAAGUAGCGCGUUGUUAAAGAAUAGAAGCGCAUCUAGUAACAACAACAACAACAACAAUAAUAAUAAUAAUAAUAAUAAUAAUAACAUUACCAAUAAUGUUAAAAAGGUUAAUUAUGUUAAUAAUGCUAAUAGCGCUAAUAUUGUAAAUAAUAGCAACAAUAAAAACUAUGAUAUUAUGAAUAAAAGCGCACUAAUUGACGAGAAAAAGAAAAAUGUACGUAUUGCUGCAAAGAAUAAAAUAACUGAAAAUGAUACAGUAAGAAGCAAGAAAACUGCUGCUGGAAAUAGUAAAGAGAUACCUAAUUUGGAAGUAGCCAAAAAAAUGCCUAACAUAAGUGAUAAAAGGAGUAAAGAACAUUCGCAUGUAAAUUUUGAAAGAUCUAGAACUUUAGUCAAAAAUUAUAGUUUAACAAGUCCAUAUGAUAAUAGCAAUAAAGGUAACCGUAAUAAUAACAUCAAUAAUAACAGUAAAAAUAAUAGUUGUAAUAAUUAUAGUAAUACUCGCAGUAUUUAUGCUAACACCCUCCUUAGAAAACAAAAAUCCCUUCUACAUGAAGAAACGCGAAACAAAAAUAAAAGCGAAUUAAACAUCUAUGGGUUUGGAAAAAGAACAAUAGAAAGUAACAAAAACGAACGUUAUUUAAAACAUAAUACACGGAAAAGCACGGAAAGUAAAAAAAAAGAAUGCAGUGGUAUAAAAAAUGAGAGGAAUAAUCAAGUUGCGUCUCAAAAUAAUGAGAACGAAAAUUCCAAUAUAUAUAUGAAACAGUUUAGUAAUUUCCUUGAUAUAAAUGAUAUGGAUAAGGAAAAAAAAAACCCUGAGGUACUAACAGAGGUAGAAGAAGAAGAAGGAAAAAAGGAUGAAGAGCAAGAAGUAGAUGAAAAAAAGAAAAUUAAAAAACAAAAAUCGGUGGAGAGUUCAAAUUUGAUAUCUUCAUAUGAGGAAUAUGAAGUAAAAAGUAAAUUAUUAAGUGAUGUUAAUGCGGAAAAUAAAUUCACAAAAGAAGAUAAUGCACAAGACCAGACUAAUAUUUACAGUGAAAAAGAGACAGUACCUGAAAGGAAUCCUAGUGUAAAUUUAAAUCUGUUAAGCUGCGAUUUAACCGGAUACGAGAAUAAGUUUAAAAAUAGAGGAGAGCAUAAAAACAGCUAUACAAAAAGUAAAAACGUUUGUUAUGAUUAUUAUAAUCAGAGAGAAGGAAAUAAAGUAGAAAAAUCAAAGAAGGUAGGGGAAGAAGAAGAAAUAGCGCAGGAGGAUGAACAGUUCUAUAAUAAUGAAAAACAACAGGGAGGCAGGUAUUUUGCCGAUAAUAAAAUAAGCGACUCAGGAAGAGCAAAAAAAUCUCAAAAUUUGGAUAAACGUUACAACAAUAAGGAAUAUGAACCAAGAAUUAACUGCUUGUUAUCGUGCAGCAAUAGUGAUACGGGUGUAGAAAAAAGAAAAAAUUUAGAAAAAUCGAUAAGUUUAAACGAUAAUUCAUCCAUCGAUACAUUAACAAAUUAUAGUUUGAAAAAUAAUAAGGAAUAUCAACUUUUAAAAGAGAAAGAAAAAUUAAAAGAUAGUGUAAUAAGUAGUAAGUGGAAUAGUUUUUAUAUCAGAAAUGAACUGUUUAAUAAUAAAGGAGAUGAAACUUUGUCUUCUCAUAACACAGAUAUGCACAAUUUUAAUAAGGAGGUAAAUGGAAAAAGAUUAUCUGUUGAUAAAAAUUUAAAAGAAAUUUAUGAAAAUAUAAAUAAUAACAUUAGAACAUUUAAUGAGUUACUUUCAGAAAAAAAUUCUGACAAAAAAAGAAAAAUCAUUACAUCAGAUAAAAUAGAUUUAUUAAAUGAUGCUCCAGUAAAUAAUUAUAACUAUUUAACAGAAAAAAAAAAAGAUAAAAGUCUUAUCUCAUAUGACACAAAUGCCUUAAAUGAUUAUUACAUUGACGUUAUAUCUCACUCCCCGAAGUAUACAACAAAAAUUGACGAAAUAAAAAUUGAUGAAUCAGAGGAAAAAAAUUCGAAUGAUUCUAAAUAUAAUUCCUUGUUGGUUAAGAACAAUAAUAAAAUAUAUGAAAAUUUUGAAGAAAGGUUGAAUUUUGACCAAAGUUAUUAUAAUGUCAUUGUAAAAAAAGAAAACAAAGAUACUUUUGAUGAAAAUGGAGUCAGCAUAUACAAAGGAGAUCUAUAUCAUAACGAAAUAGACAAAAAUGUGAAUUAUAGGGGAAUGGUAAAAAUGGAAAACGAUAAGAAUGAAGAAGGUAAGGAUAAGAGGGACAUUACUAAAACAUCCAAUUUAGAUAAUACUUCCUUCAAUGAAUAUAUUAAAACAAAAGACGCAAAACGUGUAGAAGAUAGUACUUUAUUUGGUUCUUUAAAGGUUAAUGACAAGAUGAAGGAAUACGAGAAUCAAUUAGAAAAAUUAAAUGAAGAAACCAAGAUUCAAAAUGAGAAUACAUUUAAUAAUGAAUUGGUUAAUUUUAGUGAUUCCGAUAUACCAAGUUCCAGGAAAGCAGACCAUGGUUUUUCUGAAAGUAGUUGUACUCCCUUUUUAAAAAAUAUGUUUGAGAAAGGAAUGAAGGAAGAAGAGGCGGAUGGCAGCAAAGAAGAAAUUGUAGAUGUUCAGAAUCCGUCUGCGGAGGAAAAGAAAUCAACGUCUGAUAAAAUGGAAGAGGUAGGAAAGGAAAAAGCGAAGGAGGAAGAAGAAGAGGAAGAGGAAGAUGAACAAGUCGAAGCAGAAGAAUCAAUAUACAACAAAAAUGAUGGAAAUAUCAAUUAUGACAAAUAUAGAAGUGAUGAGGAUGCAGAGGAGUACACUAACUGGCAGAAAAAGAAAUAUGAUUCAAAAGACUAUUUCAGUGAAUGUGCUGAUGCACAUUUUGAAAAUAACACAAAAGGUAACCUAUUGAAAAAGGGGAAUUCAAAUUACAAUUAUUUUUUGGAAAAUUCAGAAAUAGGAAAUAACUUUCCCUUAACAAAUGAAAGCAGUGAUACUCCAAAAAAGAUGUAUAAAGAUUUGGAUGAACUAAAAAAUCAAAAUAACAAUUUUUUUGUAUAUAAAAAACAUGACGAAAAAAGUGAUGAAGUCAAAUUAUUGAAAAGUCAGAAUGAGCAUACAAGUAAAUUUUUAUAUAGCUCUAACGACACGUAUAAUGAAGAUGUAGUAAAAAUGUACAACAACAAGUUGUCCACUGAAGGUGAGAAUAAGAAGGAAAACAAACUUAUAAACAAAAAUAUGAUACUGAAGGAGAUAUUCGGUUCAAAUUAUGAAUCGAGCUUAAAAAAUAAUCUCAACGAGUCUAGUAACAUGCUGGGUGAUGAUGAGGAAGAGGGGGAAAAAGAAGCAUACGAAGAAGAGGAAGUGAACGAAUUAUACGAAGCAGAGGAAAAAGAAGAAUCCGAUGCAAACGAAAAAGAAGAAUACGAAUCAAAGGAAAAGGAAGAAUACGAAUCAAAUGAAAAGGAAGAAUAUGAAGCAAAGGAAAAAGAAGAAUCCGAUGUAGAGGAAAAGGAAGAAUACGAAGCAAAGGAAAAAGAAGAAUCCGAUGUAGAGGAAAAGGAAGAAUACGAAGCAAAAGAAAAAGCAGUUUAUGAAGCAGAGGAAAAGGAAGAAUAUGAAGCAAAGGGAAAGGAUGAAUAUGAAGCAAAUGAAAAGGAAGAAUAUGAAGCAAAGGAAAAAGAAGAAUCCGAUGUAGAGGAAAAGGAAGAAUACGAAGCAAAAGAAAAAGCAGUUUACGAAGCAGAGGAAAAGGAAGAAGCAGUUUACGAAGCAGAGGAAAAGGAAGAAGCAGUUUACGAAGAAGAGAAAAAAGAAGCAUACGAAAAAAAGAAAAAAGAAGCAUAUGAAGAAGAGAAAAAACAAGUUUACGAAGUAGGCAAUCUAUCAGAGGACACAGUUACAGAACAUUGCGAAUACGAUGAUAAAAAAGAGAGGGAAGAAGAAAAUGCGGAAGGUGUAAAACUAAACGAGGGUAAGUAUAACCUUUUCACAAAUGAUAAAUCCCUUUUAAAAGAAAUUAAUGAAUACUGCGAAUCUCAAUUAGAAAAAAGCAAGAGCAUGGACAAGGAUAUAUCUUCUAACGAGUUAGGGAAUGAUGAAGACUCUUUACUUAAAAGAUAUGAAGAAAAUUCUACUCCUUUGAUUUUAUCGAAGCCUCAUUUUAAUGACAAAACUAGUGAUAGUAGCUAUAAUACAAGUGUGAUAAUGAGUCAAAAAAAAAAAAAGAAUAACGAAUCUUUGAGUAUGAAAUGCAAUAAUAUUUUUUUAGACACAAUGGGCAUGAAUGAUUUAAGGAUCAUAGGAAAUAUCUCCGAAAUGAAAAGGAAACCGAAUAUUCAAGAUAAUUCGAGUGGAUAUCAAGAAGAAGAAUAUAUAUCGAAAAAACAUUCUAAGGUAACAGUAGAAGAAGAUAAAACAAAAUAUGAACAUGUUCCGAUUAAUAAUGAAGAAAAUAGUGAAAGAGAAAUAAAUAUGCAGAAGGGUGAAGAAGAAUAUUAUAAGGAGCAAUAUUCCAUCGAAGAAGAAAUUAACCAUAAUGUGGUUAUCGGUAAGAAGGUUUGCAACAAAAAUGAAGAAAAGAAAGAAGAAUAUUUUACGAAAAAACGAAAUGUCAGAGAAAAUGUUUGUGAAGAUAUGCACGCAAAUGCGUAUGCAAAUGUGUAUGAAAAAUUUUCAAAUAAUCGUGUAAAUGAACAACAGAAGGAAUACUCUGUAAGUAGUGGAGAAGAUGGAAUAACAAAAAAAGGAAAUAAGAAAGGGGUAGAGAUUAGAAAAAAUCAAAUUAGGGAAAACAGGGAACAUUCUAAAUAUUAUACAUAUAAAGGAUAUAUAAAAAAAGAGCAAGAGCAGGAGAAUAAAGAAAUGGAAUCUCAAGGAAGCUACACAUCUUAUAAUAGAAAUCAUUUUGGAAAAUAUGAUGAUGAACAUAAAAAUGUGAGUACAUCUAAUGAGCAGAGUAAAGAACACCAUAAUUACAAAAAAAAGACUAUUUCGAAAUAUAUGGAUAAUAAUUUUUUAAUAUAUAAAGAUAAAUUAUUUCUUAGUAAAGAAAAUGAUACAAAUAAAAAUAAGCUGUAUUUAAAUCAUAAAACGUUACAAACACACUAUGGUGAAAAUGUUAGUAAAAAUAAAGAAAGGGAACUUUUAUUUGACUCCAUGAGUGAUAAUUACAAUUAUAUAAUGAGAUUAAAAAAAUCGAGAAAAAGCAGUUGUAUGAACUUUUAUGAAAAUAUAAAAAGUAGUGAAGAAUUCAGUGAGAACAAAGAAACAGAUGAGAAUAUUAAAAGUAGAGUAAGUGACGACAACUAUUUAGACUAUGUUAAAGAUGUGAAGUACAACAGUAAGUGUACCGGAAUUCUGAACAGUGAUGCUUAUAGAGGCCCACGUAAUGAUGAGAAAUCAAUUGAAAAUGAAUAUAUACUAAAAAAAAGGAAAAGGAAAAACAUAUUUGAAAGUGAUAGCAUUAUAGAAAGUAAAGAUGACACAAAUUUUGACAUACCUCAUAACAAUAGUGAAUACUUCAAUGAUGUUAAAAAAAAAUUAAAAAAAUUUGAUAAUAUUAAUAAUAGUAACAUAUCAUAUGACAACAGUGAAUAUUCUAAGGGACCAUUAUAUCAUAGCAUUAAUGAAACAACGAACAGUAGUCAAACGAUCGUAUCGAAAAGAAGUAAAUAUAUUUUGAAACAUUCUAAUACGUCAUCUAUUUAUGAUGAUGUGCCAUUGUUUUUUAAUUUUGUUAACUGUUGCUCAAUUGUGCUAGGAUCUGAAAUUAUUUACGUAACUGAUGAGACCUACGGGAAAUGUGAAAACAUUUUAAAAGAUAAACCUUUUAAUAUAAGUGCGGAUAAGGGAUAUUAUGAAGACUGCUCUAAUGACCUCUAUAAUGUAUUAAACAAUAAUUUACGUACUGGAAUACAUAAAAACAAAGGCUUUAAUUUAGCGAAAAAGGAAAAUAUCGAAAAGAGUUCUGGGGAACGUAUGAGUUACUGCAACAGUAAUAUUAGAAAUAAUAAUAAUGGUAACAAUAAUAAUUUUAAUAAUAUUGAUACUAAUAAUAAUGUUAAUAAUGAGGAGGGAAAAAAUGGGCCAAAUUUUUAUUCAAAAUGUUUGAUGUACCCCUCGUCCUCUUCCUUCUCCCCUAAUGACAAUUCAUGUCCUGGGUGGUUAACUAAAAGGAGAAUAAAAAAAUAUUUUGAUUUUUGUAUAGUAAAAUUAUGUAAGCCCACAUUAAUUAAAGGUAUAGAUAUCGAUACAAACAACUUCUUAGGGAAUUAUGCGCCAUAUGUUUCUAUUGAAGGGGCGUACAUUGAAGAUGAUAUUUUAGUCAGCUCUGAAUCCUUUUCAAAAUAUGUAGACAAAAUUAAAUAUGAAAACAAAAAAAAAAAAAAAAAUGAUUUAAUUUUUGAAAAAAAUUUUUACCACCACCAGAAAAGUAACGAAAAUAGUGAUAUCGUACUGAGAAAAGAUUUGCACGAAACUAAUAAGAACAAUGAGAAAAGUUAUAUUACAAGUGGUAAUAAUAAUAGUAGUAGUAUUAGAAAAAAGGAAGAGCCAGAGAAUAAUCUCUUUAACAGUAGGGAGGAAAUAGAAUUAUUAUUGGAUGGAAAAACAUAUUUUAAAAGAAAUAAAUAUUUUUAUGAACCUAUUUUAAUAGACCCCCUUGAUAAAUCAGACCAAGAAUAUGAAAAUUAUUUAGAAAUAUUAAGAUACAAUGAUAAGUUCAAGAAUUUAAGAAGUAAUCCCAAAUCGACUUCGUUCGUCGCCAAUGGGAAUGAAUAUCGUUAUAUAGAUAAUAAGUUGUAUACACUGGUGGACGUUACAAGAGAAAUAGUUAGUAGGUACCCAGAAAUUCACAAGAGGUGUUCAAAUAAAAAGUCGUCCAUUUUUAAGAAUGGAAAUGGUACAAGUAACAAUAGUACUGAUAUGAAUAGUUAUCAAAAUUAUGUAAAUUAUAACAAGGAAUACGAAAGGAGUGGCUAUACUAGUAAUACAAUGAAUUGCGCAAAUGAUUCUAAUUGCGUUAGUAACAUCCGUGGUAAUGGAAAUAACAGAAAUGACAGAAACAAUAUAAAUAAUAGAAAUUACGAUAAGGACGAAUAUGAUGGCGAUAUUGAUGAUCAUUAUGAGGGCGGUGAUAAGGGAAAGGGCGAAAACAAUGAAGAGGAGGAUUUCCCCUUUAACGUGAAUUUGUAUAAUUCAAACACGUUAUAUCUGGAUAACGACUAUUCAGUUGAAAAGAAGAUAUAUAACGAUUUACACAAACAGUAUCAAUGGGUUUCAAUAUUGGAAGACGAAAGAAUGAACCCAGGGUUUAAGGAUUAUAACCACAAUUGUUUUAACAUAAAUACAUGUAACAAAAUAUUUACUCAUUUGAUAGUAUGUUUACUGCCAGAUGGAGGAAUUAAUAAAUUAAGGGUAUAUGGAGAAAUAAAAAUAAGUGAAAAGGAAAGGAAAAAAAAUUAUAAGAAGACAAUUAAUGUAUGUAAUAUAUUAGAUGGAUCUAAUGUGGUAUAUACAACUGAUGAAUUUUAUGGAAAAUCUGAAAAUAUAUUAAUCGACCAAAAUUCAAAUUAUGUUAUGGGUUGGCAAACUAGAAGAUUAAUAAAUAGACCUUUACGUUAUGUAGAAAAUUUAAGUCUAAAUAAUAUAUCAUCCGUAUUUUUUAAUAACAAUUAUUGUAUAAUAAAGUUAAGUUUUAUCACGAAUAUAAAAUAUAUAGAGAUAAAUACCAUAUUUUAUGAAUAUAAUUUUCCUUUAUGUAUUUCUAUAGAUUACUGUUAUUUGAAAGAAGUACAUUCUGAGGAAAAAUCUAAGCAGAUAAAAUUUUUCAAUGAAAAUAUACAAAAUAUUGUAUGGAAAGAAUUAUUGCCUUUAUCAUAUAUUAAAGGAAAUCAUAUAAAUUUCUUUACAAUUAAAAAUAGCACGUCGAGUAAUGUACCCUUAACUGAUAUCAUAUCAUCUCAUCUGCGCCUGAACAUAUAUCCAGAUGGGGGUAUAAACACUGUUAAAGCGUACGGGACUGUUGUGGAAAUUUAG